AUGAUUUUCGGUUUAACUAAUGCCCCAGCAGAAUUUCAACGAUUGAUGUACCAUGCAUUAGGCCCGUUGUACAACAAUGGUAUAUUAUGCUAUUUGGAUGACAUACUUGUUACAGCAAAAACGUGGGGAGAAAUGAUACGGAAGUUAACUGAAGUAUUUAAAGCAUUACUCUCCACAAAUUUAACCCUGAAAUUACCUAAAUGUGAGUUUGGAAAGAAAGAAGUGGAGUAUCUAGGAUUUAUUGUAAAUAAUAACGGAAUGAAACCUGGAUCAAGAAAAGUAGAAGCUAUAUCUACGUUUCCUCAACCUAAAAAUGUACACGAUGUAAGACGAUUUCUUGGAUUAACAAGUUUCUUUAUAAGAUUCAUUCCAAACUAUGCCAUUAAAGCUCUAUACUUAAGGCAGCUGACGAAAAAGAAUGAAAUUUUUAAAUGGGAAAAAGACCAAGAAGAAGCUUUUGAAACCUUUAAACGUGAGUUAACGAAUCAACCAAUUUUGGCUCUUUAUAAUCCUGAAGCAAAAACUGAAGUUCACACCGAUGCAUUCGCAGAUGGUUUAGCUGAUUUUGGAUUACCGAAUCGCUUCAUAUCGGAUAGAGGUUCCUGUUUCACUUCACUGGAUUUUCAAAGAUAUUGCAACGAAAAUGGCAUCUUGCACACAUUGAAUUCUACCUCCCAUCUUCAAGCAAAUGGAAUGGUUGAGAGAACAAAUCGAACAAUAUUGUCCACCAUAGUUACGUCGAUUGAAAAAGCGGAUCAAAAGGAUUGGGACAGUAGGAUUAAGGAAGUCGAAAGAAACUUGAGCAACACCAUGAACAAAACUCUUGGGAAAAUGCCUUUUGAAAUUCUUCAUGGCUAUAUACCAAGAUUUAAGGAUGGAAUUAUAAGGUUGUUUGCUGAUGAAGAGGUUGAAAAAUGGAAUUAUCCAAGGAAGCUACAACUCGAAACAAGAGAAAAAAUUGAAAAAGAGCAAGAGAAAGUUAAAGCACAUUAUGACAAAAAGAAAUCUGGAACACUAGCGUUUGAUAACGGCGAAAUCGUUGUAGUCAGAAGACAUCCAAGGGUGACAGGGCGGUCAACGAAAACUCAACCACGGUAUCGAGGACCUAUGGUUGUCACAGAAGUACUUCCUAGCGAUACAUAUAGAAUCUCUCAAUUAGAGGCUAAUUUUAUACAACGGUCGCCUAUCAGUCAAUUAACGGCUCAUGUCUGUCAAUUAAAAGCUUGGAGAAGCUGUAAUGAAGAUUGA